GUGAAGGUGGUCGUGAGGUCGGUGAGGAGAGCACCACUACAGCAAUCUGUCUGUCCGACUGCGGCAAUGGCGAUKCUGCUGCUGCUACUGCCGCUGCUCCUCCAGCUGGCCGCCCGAGGAGCCGCUACCACUUGUCCGCCGCCCGGAACGGUGAAGAUUGAUUCGAUCAGCUAUGCGGGCAGCGGCUGUCCUUCGGGGACUGCUGUCGGCGACAUCUCGAACGACGGGAAGGCGCUGACGGUCAUGUACAGCAGAUACUACGCCACGACGGACAAAUUGCUGGCGGACCGGAAACGGAGCUGCGUGGUGACGGUCAAGCUGAGGUAUCCGAAAGGGUUUAUCGUGUCGGUGGGGACGGUCACAAUGCGCGGGUACGUGAAGCUCGAUGCGGGCGCCGUGGCGACCAUUCAGACGUGGUACUACUUCUCCGGGUUUCCAGGGACGGCUCGCUUCGUGCGCAAGUUCACAGGAGUGGUCGAGAAGAACUUCGAAGUCACGGACGAGUUCCUCACCCUGGUUUACAGCAGGUGCGGCGUGACCAGGGACCUCAUUCUCGCCUCGGAAGCCCGGGUGACCCCUGGCCCCGGGUGUCCGGCCAAGGGAAACGGAAUUGUUGGAAUCGACUCUCAGGAUUUGUCCUUCCGCCAAGUCUGGAAUCUCGUCUGGGAGAAGUGCUAAGCCAUGGCGCCGGACAUGAGCUACUAGUCUGGGAGGCGGCGAACUAGGAGGGGAGGGAAGGGGCCGUUGGGGGGCGACUGGUAGUGGGAAAGGUGAGUCUAGGGUCCGAGAGACUGGUCGGCGGCAGUUGGAGAGGCCGUCCGAUUAGGAGUUAGUGGGGGCGCGUCGCGAGCUCCUGAGUGUCGCGAAGGAGUCCACUGGCGGAGCCCUCCUUUGAUGACCGCAAAGUGGGACGCGUAGCUCCGUACGAGUCGUAAGGUCAUACACGUACUUCGAUCUUGAUUCAGUUCAGGACUGGGAGUUGUGUGGGUCUUGUAGGAGCAGGCGCAUCACACAGAAGUUAUGAUACACGUGAUUUGGGGCUCUGGUAAAGCGGUUAUAUUAAAGUCUGUCUCUCUGUAGAAGCUUAACGAUGAUCGUUUCGAAAGAAAGAUCGAACAGGUGGCGCCAAUUCUCUCUCUCUCUCUCUCUCUCUCUCUCUCUCUCUCUCUCUCUCUCUCUCUCUCUCUCUCUCUCUCUCUCGAUCGCUCGCUCUGUGCAUGACCGUGUCUGUCUGUGCGUGUGUGUGUGUGUGCGUGCUACAAAGACAGACACAUACUUGCUUUGCGAGAUUUCAUUUUGAUUGGAUGUGGUCGGUUACUUUUCCAAUGGGCUGUCUAAUUGUGGAGGUAGGAGGAAUCUCGCCAGGACGAGGGAGAGGUGUUCGAGUACAAUUUUCACAGCAGGUUGCCAGACUGAAAGUGGUUAUUUGCCAUGUUCCUGCUGUCCAGAAUAGCGUUUCUGUAUCUUUUUAUGAUGUUCGUAUUCCACAACAAAUCACGCGCGCGCGC